GAAAGAGAGAGAGAGAGAGCGAGAGAGAGCUGCAGAAGUGAAGAAGCCAAAGCAAUUUUUUCAAUGGCUGGGAUUGGUUCUUCUUGUUCGAGUCUCUCCUGCAACAGCAAUUUCCGGACAUCUUGGUUGGAAUUUAAGACUCAUCGUGGAAGAACCAUCCCAGGGAAAUCAGUUGUUUGGAGAAACUCGAGAAUAAGAGCAGAAGUGAAUUUUGUGAAUGCUGAAGAAGCAAAGAAGCUCAUAGCAGUUGAUGGUUAUGCCAUUGUAGAUGUCCGAGACAAAUCUCAGUUUGAACGAGCUCAUAUCAAAUCAUGUUAUCAUGUGCCUCUUUUCAUUGAAAACCAAGACAACGACUUUGGCACUGUUAUAAAGAGAACUGUACACAACAAUUUUGCUGGCUUACUUUUUGGGUUGCUAUUCACUAAACCUAAUCCUAAUUUCUUACAAUCUGUUAGGAGCCAGUUUUCACCCGAAAGCAAACUGCUAAUUGUAUGUCAGGAAGGAUUGAGGUCUGCUGCUGCAGCCAAGGAGUUGGAACAAGCAGGUUUCCAGAAUAUAGCAUGCAUAACAUCAGGGUUGCAGUCAGUAACACCAGGUACAUUUGAUUCCAUAGGUUCUACAGAGUUGCAAAAUGCUGGAAAAGCUGGCUUGGUAACAGUUCAAGGCAAGAUCUCAGCUGUGCUUGGAACAGUACUUGUCUGUGCCUUUCUAUUCGUCACCUUCUUCCCAGAGCAAGCAGAGAAGCUGCUUCAAAUAUUUCCUGCCAGCUAGGCUCGUAUCUCAUCUAGGAACCUCAAAUUUUGCAGUUUCUUUAUCUUUGUUAAGAAACUAACAAGAUAUUUGUUCUGCUAAGGUUGAGAUUUUAAAUGGCACAAACGAGAAAUCCUAAUGAAAGUUAGGAAAAAAAAAUUGUUUUGCAGUUUCAAGUCAUGCUGUGUGCAAGUUUAGUUGGAGCUUUAUUUUGUAUAAUUCGUAACUGAGUACAUGCUUUCACACAGCCACGUUGAGAUGUAUGGAUAUAUUCACGACAUAUGUAUGCAUUAUUCACAUUUCUUCUGGGAUUAAUAUGAAAUGUGU